AUGGACUGCAACGAUGAGGAGGCCACUUCACACGCCCAACAAGUGCCUGCAUCGGCUUUAGACGCGUCUGGCGGAGAUACCGGCAGAUCUUCGGCAGCCGAAACACCAUUUGCAUCUAAGGGCGACGUGAACAUUCUCACAACAAUCAACAACUACCUCAACACUCCUCCCACGCACAACAAAGUCGAAAUGGAAGCCGCUGCUCGUGCCGCUCAGGCGCUGGAGAAUGGAGACUUCCAUGGAGCUUUGAGUGCCUACACGCAAGCCCUCGUCGAACAUCCUCUGUCGCCAGACUACCUCACCCAGAGAUCCACUGCCUUUGCCCGUCUCAAACCUCCCCGCCAUGACCUCGCCUUGAAGGAUGCAGAGCUCGCCCUGGUUUCCGCCAAAAGCCGUGCUGUCAGAGAGAAAAUCCAGGCUGCUCAGUUCAGAAGAAUGAUCACACUCUACAACCUUGGUCGCUACGCUGAUGCCGCGUUUCUCGUUGAGAAAUUGAAGCCUUUCAUCCCAAAGGACAGCAAGCCAGGCAAGAUGCAAGUGGACAUGUGGGCAGCCAAAUGUAACAUCAAAAUCAAAGCAAACCCAGACCAGACAGUCACAAUCAAAGAAUACCCAGAAUUCCCAUCUGGUCUACCGUCUCAGUCGGACAUGAUUGCAAAGUUCAAGGCUCAGUUGGAUUCCGACGGAAACUAUGUCUUUCCAGAAGAUGUUGCCACUACUGCCACUCUACAACAAAACAACACCACAACGUCAUCUAUAGAAGCGUCAACCGACACCAAGAACACCACUGAUCCUCAGACUUCAACUGCCACCUCGGCACCAGUUCCCAAGAUCCGACAUGAGUGGUACCAAAACAAUCAAGCCGUCAUGGUGACUCUCUACGCAAAAGGUGUUUCAAAGAGUGCGGCAGACAUCGAGAUCAACGCUGAUUCAGUGUCCAUCUCUUUCCCUCAUCCUUCACACCCAAAUUCGUCAUUCAACUUCACUCUCGACCCGCUAUUCGCACUUAUUGACCCAGCUCAAAGUAGCGCAAAUAUCAUGUCUACCAAGGUAGAAUUGACCCUACACAAAGCACAAGCCGGUCAGAAGUGGAACAGCCUCGAAGGAACUAGCUCUCUUGUUGUUGCACCCGGAAAAGGCACUUCAUCGUCAUCAACCUCUACUGCAGCAGCCAUCCAACCACCUCCUGUUGCUCAAUCCGCUCCAUCAUACCCCACAUCCUCUCGUACCGGUCCGAAAAACUGGGAUAAGCUCGCGGACGACCUCCAUGCGCAGUCCAAGGGCAAGAAGAAGGAGAAGACCACCGGCCCAGCCAGUGGCGAUGAAGAAGAGGCGGACGUCGACUCCGACUAUGACGGAGAUGCCGUCGACGGCUUCUUCAAGAAGCUCUACGCCGGCGCCGACCCGGACACUCGUCGUGCCAUGCAAAAGUCCUUCCUUGAGAGCCAGGGCACGGCUCUCAGCACCAACUGGUCCGAAGUUGGUAAAGGCAAGGUGGACGUCGUCAAGUCCAAGGACGACGAGUGA